AAAUGCACCUCGCUGUCUCUUUUGACUCCUUUCUCUCUUUCUCUGUGCUCUGUAUGAAUUGAGAAACAAGAUCAGAGCUCUCUCUCUCUCUCUCUCUCUCUCUUGCCUUCAGGUCAGCACGUCUCCUUGUAUAUAUAUAUAAAUAUAUAUGAGGAGAAACUAAACCUGGGGUCCUUCUCUGUUUUUUUUUCUUUUAUCCUUUCCAUCUCUUGUUCUGUUCUGUUUUGGUUAACAAAAGAGCCAAAGGGGACUCUAAUUUUUUCAAUGGGGAGACCACCAUGCUGUGACAAAAUAGGAGUGAAGAAAGGGCCAUGGACUCCUGAAGAAGACAUAAUCCUGGUCUCCUAUAUCCAAGAACACGGCCCUGGCAACUGGAGAUCUGUUCCAACUAACACAGGACUGUCAAGAUGCAGCAAGAGCUGCAGACUCAGAUGGACCAAUUACCUCAGGCCAGGAAUCAAGCGCGGCAGUUUUACUGAUCAAGAGGAGAAGCUUAUAAUCCAUCUCCAAGCUCUCUUAGGCAAUAGAUGGGCAGCCAUAGCUUCUUAUCUCCCAGAGAGAACAGACAAUGAUAUCAAGAAUUACUGGAACACACAUCUGAAGAAGAAGCUGAUUAAGAUGGAAAUGGACGCAGAAACAGACGGUGAGUCCUCCAUCAAAAAAGGCGCCCGCUUCUCAAAGUACCAGCCAAUAAUCACCAAGGGACAAUGGGAGAGAAGGUUGCAAACAGACAUCAACAUGGCCAAACAAGCCUUGCAAGAGGCCUUAUCCAUGGAAAAACCAAGCUUCUUGUAUGAAUCAAAGCCUUCCUGUAGCAGCCACAGCUCCAACAGCUGUCAGCCACCACCACCAACCUAUGCAUCCAGCACUGAGAACAUAUCAAAGCUGCUCCAGAAUUGGAUUAGGAAACCAGCUCAAAAGUCCUCAUCAGACUCAGAUCGAGCCAACUCGGCUGAGUCCACUCAAAUCUCAGGCACCGCCAAUUCAACGUCCAGCGAGGAUAAAACCGGAAGGUUUGGUGAUAACAAGAGAGGCAAUAUAGUGUCACCUGAGAGCUGCAGUUUGUUCCAGGUGGAAAGUAAGCCGAGCUUGGAGCCAGAGUUACACUUCUCACUGUUUGAGACAUGGCUGUUUGAUGAGAAUUAUGUGGGAGGAAAUGAGAGCAAUAUGCUUGAUAUGGCUCUUGAGGGAACUGAGCUAUUUUAAUUAAUCAGAAUAACCUUAGGAGUGGUUUUUAAUUUGCUUAUAUGGUUCUGCAAUACUGAUGAAAGAGGUAAGAUGAUCUCAGUAGGAGAGAUUAUUAGCUGAGUUCUUCUCCAAUCUUUUUCUCUGCUCAGAUCACACAUAAGAAGUUCUGUCUGUGCAGCGAAAAGAAAAAAUAUGAGUACUCAUAUAGUAAUCUCUCUCUAAGUAGAGGGAGGAGAUUUAAAAGUAAUUGUAAAUUAGUUAUGCAGAUCUACAAACAUAUUGGUGUUUUUUUCCAUUUUUUUUGGGUUAAAGAAUGGCAAGAAACCAGCCGAUGUUGCUUUUAUUGUUGUGAUAAAUGUCAUAAAUUGCUUCUACUGCAGCUCUUACAUAAUCAUAUUUGGUUUCUGUUUCUCUUAUGAUUUAUUUCAGU